CGAGUCGAGCGGCGAUAACUUGGAGCCGUAGGCAGGAGGCAGUCCACCUCCGUAAACCGCUAUGAGUAGUCACGUAGUGAAGUUGCGUGGGCUUGGGAGACUUCGCGGUGUAGUGGAAAAGAAUGUUGACGGUGGUAGUUACUUGGCAUUCAAAGGGGUUCCUUACGCUGAGCCCCCCAUCGGGAGACUCAGAUUUUCCGAUCCGGUCCCUGUAAAAUCAUGGUCCGGAAUCCGGGAUGCCUCGAAUUACGGGGCCCGGUGUGCGCAGUACGAUUUUAUAAACAAAACAAUUAUCGGCGGCGACGAUUGCCUCUACCUGAACGUCUACCUGCCUUCAAACGAGGAGAGACCCAAGCGAGGUCUACCGGUCAUGGUGUGGAUACACGGAGGCGGGUUCGUAAACGGUUCAGCGGACAAUUUUAUUUACGGACCAGAUUAUAUAAUCAAGAAGAACGUUAUCGUAGUGACGAUUAACUACCGACUCGGCGUUCUCGGUUUUCUCAACUUGGAGCAUAAAGUGGCAUCUGGUAAUCAAGGGCUGAAGGAUCAAGUGUUGGCGUUACAAUGGAUUCAAGAACAUGUGGAGGCUUUUGGAGGGGACAAAAAUAACGUGACGAUUUUUGGUGAAAGUGCGGGAGCUGCUGCCGUUCAUUAUCUGGCCAUCUCUCCGCUGACAGAAGGAUUGUUUCACAAAGCCAUUGCUCAGAGUGGGACUAUUUUCAACCCGUGGGCUAGCGUCCUCCGGAAUUCAAAAAAGAUUGCUAUCAGAUUGCUAGAGUACCUAGGAAAGCCAUUUCAGGGGGAACAGGAAACGGUCGAGUUUCUGAAGACGGUGGACUGUAAAAAGCUGAUCGAGGCGCAGACAAAGAUUCAGACGAAACAGGAGCGUGCUCAGAUGGUAUUCUUGUUUGGACCUACCAUAGACAACGUUGCCGAGGUACCAUUUAUUCCCGACUUCGUAUCUUCUCCCGACAAGGGAGUUGUUAAAGUUCCUCUCAUUGUGGGUUACACAGACCGCGAAGGAAUUUUGUGUUUCGAUGCAUUGAACGAAAAGUCUAGCGCACAUAUGAACGCCGACUUCGGCUGGAUCGUACAUCCCCAAGUUUUGGCAGCCAUGAAGCGAAACGCGAAAUUAACACCCCUGAAUAUAAAGCUGGCUUACUUCGGUGACGGACCGAUCGAUCCAAAAACAAGCGUAAUAAAUUUCGUCAAGUUCUACGGUGAUAUGCAAUUUGUGAACGGGGUCCAUGACUUGAUAAAAAUACAAGUCAGGAGGAACGAGCAACCAACUUACCUGUACAGAUUUUCAUUCGACAAUGGCUUUUCGCCGUUGAAAACGUUGUUAAAUGCGUCGCACAUUCCUGGCGCUUGUCACGGGGACGAAUUAGCCUACUUGUUUUAUUCCCACGGACUAACCAAGUUCGGUGUUGAACCACCGAAGGCAGGAUCGAAGGAACGAGUGCUUAUCGAACGGUUAACACAAAUGUGGACGGACUUUGCUAAGACCGGAAUUCCUGUACCAGCCGAAACCGAAUUAGUGAAAAUUAGCUGGAAGCCUGUACAGAAAGGCAACGAAUUGCAUUACUUGGAUAUCAGCGACGAGCUCAGGCCAGCUCUGAACCCCGAUGCUGCUGAACGAUUGAUAUGGAAUAAACUACCGAACAAAUUAUGAUAUCCCAAUUAUUUUGUGAAAUGUCGAAAUUGAAUGUGAUUUUAUAGCGCAAAUCUCCUAAAUUGAUGAAACCAAGUAAAGAAGAAUACACACGGUAGAUCCGGUGUACGAUUGCACGGUUACAAUGGGUCCUCUGGAAUCACAGGAGAAGAAUCCAGAAAAUAUUAUGGAAAGUUUGCUUUAUCGACUACAUAUUGAAUAAAAAUCAUUGUUAUGAAAAAAAAAUUGCUAGGUCAUUUUAGAGAAUAAAACGAGGAAUCGAGGUCAA